CCUCGAGGAACCGGAAAUGACCGCGGCACGCCGGAAGUUUACUCAUUUCCAAGGCGACGGCUCCACCACCGCUGCAACCAAGUGGCUGCAGUCGGGACGCUGGAAAGCGACUCGGAGGAGAGGGUACUCGCCGACGGCGGCCGCCGCCACAGCGAAUCGCGGGGAGUAGCAACCAAAGACGGCGGCCGCCGCACCAGCCAUCGCGUGUGGAGGAUAAACGGCCGGCACGGCCAUCGCGGCGACCAAUCCAGGGAAAGAGUUAGCGAAGGCCAGGGCUUUAGUCGUAGCGAGGACAGGGAAAGAAUCCGUGAAGGCAGCGACCACCGCUGUAGGGUACCGACGGGAAGAGCAAGUGAAGACGUCGGCUUCUCCCGCAAUGACUCGAGAAGAGUCAGUGAAGACCUGGGCCACCGUCGCAGUGUCUCUCAGGAGAGAGUCAGGGGAGACGGUGGCCACCGUCCCAGCAACUCUUGGGAGAGAGUAAGGGGAGACCGCAGCAGCGACGUGAGUUUAAGUGAAGUCGGAAGCCACCCCACUAGUGACUCCGGGGGAACGGUCAGAGAAGACCGCGGCCUCCGUCUCAGUGGGACUUGGGAGGGAGUCAGGGAGGUCCGGGGUCCCCGAACCAGCGACUCCGGGGAGAGAGGCAGUGACGACCACAGCCGCCGCCUCAGUGGCUCUUGGGAGGACGGAAGUGUGGAUGGCGGCCGCAGCCUCAGCAGUUCCUGGGAGGAGGGGGUGAGUGAAGACCGCGGCUACGUGGCCAGCGACUCCUCCGUGGUGAGCGUCAGCGAAGACGCCAGCCGCCGCCGCUUCUGGGAGAGAGAAAGCGAAGACGAAGGUUCCCGCUGCCGGGGCUUCUGGGAGAGAACGACGGAGGACGGCGUCCCCGGGCCUAGCGACGACGAGAAAGACAGCCGCUGCUGCACUGGCUCGUGGGUGACAGCGAGCGAAGACCGCCGCAGCAGCAGGGGCCUGGACUCGACUCCUCCCCGGAGUCCGACGGGUCGCACCAUGCCCGGGGUGUCCGGUUCAGGCCCCUCCACCUCCUCCACGGAGACUGCGACCCCUUGUGCCAGGAAGAAAGUGCAUUUUGGUAGUAUACAUGAUGCAGUACGCGCUGGAGAUGUAAAGCAGCUUUCAGAAAUAGUAGAACGUGGUGCCAGCAUUAAUGAAGUUGACGUUCUCCAUAAAUUUACCCCUUUACAUUGGGCAGCACAUUCUGGCAGUUUGGAGUGUCUUCAUUGGCUCCUCUGGCAUGGAGCUGAUCUCUCACAAGUAACCGUGAGAGGUUGGACAGCAGCUCACAUAGCUGCAAUCAGGGGACAGGAUGCUUGCAUGCAGGCUCUUAUAAUUAAUGGAACCAAUCUGGCAGCUCAAGAUGAUCGUGGAUGCACUCCUUUACACCUUGCUACAACACACGGACAUUCUUUCACUUUACAAAUAAUGCUCCGAAGUGGAGUGGAUCCCAGCGUGACUGAUAAGAGAGAGUGGAAACCUGUGCAUUAUGCAGCUUUUCAUGGGCGGCUUGGCUGUUUGCAACUUCUCAUUAAAUGGGGAUGUAACAUAGAAGAUGUGGACUACAAUGGAAACCUUCCAGUUCACUUAGCAGCCAUGGAAGGCCACCUUCACUGUUUUAAAUUCCUACUCAGUAGAAUGAGCAGUGCCUCCCAAGCUUUGAAAGCCUUCAAUGAUAAUGGAGAAAAUGUAUUGGACCUAGCCCAGAGGUUCUUUAAGCAGAACAUUUUACAGUUUAUCCAGGGUGCUGAGUAUGAAGGAAAUGAUCCAAAAGAUCAAGAAACUUUAGCAUUUCCAGGUCAUGUGGCUGCCUUUAAGGGUGAUUUGGAAAUGCUUAAGAAAUUAAUAGAAGAUGGAGUAAUCAAUAUUAAUGAACGUGAUAAUAAUGGAUCAACUCUUAUGCAUAAAGCUGCUGGGCAAGGCCACAUAGAGUGUUUGCAGUGGCUAAUUAAAAUGGGAGCAGACAGUAAUAUUACCAACAAAGCAAGGGAGAAACCCAGUGAUGUGGCUAAGAGGUUUGCCCAUUUAGCAGCAGUAAAGCUAUUGGAAGGACUACAGAAAUAUGAUACAGAUGAUGAGAGUGAAAUUGAUGAAAAUGAUAUUAAGUUUUUCAUAAGACAUGGUGUUGAGGGAAGCACUGAUGCCAAGGAUGAUAUAGGUCUCAGUGAGUCGGAUAAAACAGAUGCCAGAGUGAGAGCUUAUAAGAAAAUUGUAGAAUUGAGACACCUCCUGGAAAUUGCUGAGAGCAACUAUAAACACUUGGGAGGCAUAACAGAAGAAGAUCUAAAGCAGAAGAAAGAACAGCUUGAGUCUGAAAAGACUAUCAAAGAGCUGCAGGGCCACCUGGAGUAUGAACGACUACGCAGAGAAAAAUUAGAAUGUCAGCUGGAUGAGUAUCGAGCAGAGGUGGAUCAACUCAGGGAGAUGCUGGAGAAAACUCAGGUUCCCAACUUUGCGGCUGUGGAAGAUGACUCUUCCUGUGAGUCAAGCAAAGAGAAGAGGCGAGUGAAGAAAAAGGUGUCUUCUGGGGGAGUUUUUGUGAAAAGGUACUAAUCAGUGAAAUAACUUUAAAUAAACUUGCUUGAAUUUUCUUUUAUUUUUAAA